CAUAUAAUCUAGAGAAUAAUAAACUAAAGAAUAUAAAAUCUCCUUGUUAGAAUCUUUAGGAAAAGCAGACAGUUCCCAUAUGAAAAGUGUCAAACUAGAACAAAUUAGUAUUUAGUGUUUCAUUAGAAGAUAACAAACACAUGAUAACAAGACAACAAACUGUCAUUGCUAACUCCAAUAUUUCAUUAUACCCUUUCCUCUGUUUCCUCAUUGGAAAAAUUCCCAUGCCCUGUAACUAUGGCUUCUCAUAAUCUCCUUCCAACUCUCCUCACUUUGCUGUUAUCUCUUCGAACGAGAGCAUUUGCCCCUGAAAUCUCCACUGAGGAGAAAGGCAAGUACCCUUUUGCUUGUGAUGGACAUGCCAAGAAGUGUAAUGCCUCCCUGUACCAUAUCAACAAAGGUCUGCAGAUGGAACAAGUUGCUUAUUUUUAUUCUGUCAAUUUAACCCAGAUCAGUCCCACUCUGCACAGGAACACACAAGACUAUCUAGUAACAGUACCUUGCUAUUGUGAAACUGUCAAUGGCACCACAGGAUACUUCUAUGAUGCACCCUAUACAGUGAGAGAAAAUGACACAUUCCAGAAUGUUUCAAAUCAGAUUUAUAGCGGACAAGCUUGGGAAGUUGGAGAUGAAGAAGAUACGUUUAAGACAGGAAAUAAAGUUCCCAUGCAUCUAUUGUGUGGGUGUAUAGAAAUUGAUUCCCAAAUUGUGGUAACAUACAGUGUUCAAAAACAAGACACAUUAUUAGAUAUUGCUAGCAGGCUAUCAUCUACUACAAGUGGCAUACUGAGUAUGAAUGGUUUUAUGAAUGGAGAUCCAAGCUUCAUAAAAGAGGAUUGGGUGCUGUAUAUUCCGAAAGAGAUAAAUGGCAUUCCAACAUCACCGUCAAAGAUAGGUGAGUAGGAGCUGA